AUGUUGAAGACUAACCCACCAGAAGAAGCGGUGGCCGGAAGUGCGGAACCACCACCUUCAACUACUUCCAUUAGAAGUAGCAAUGGCGUUGAAAUGAACACACAGUCGGAAGCGAAAAACACGACUACGCCCGGUGGUACCCGAAAAUAUGAUCGUCAUGACGCCGGCUGUUAUGAUGGCAUGUCUGACGAUGCGAGCGGCUUCAGCUCCAGCGGCGAAAGCCUCGCAUCAGCAAGAAGAUCGCACAGAAUGCGACAGCCAACGGCCGCGAACGACAACGAUGGCGGCAUGUCAGACUGUAGUCAAUGUCGUAAACAUCGCAUGGCGAAGGCGAGACGUAAUCGGCGGCGUAAAUCACGUUCACGCAGUCGUCGCCGCCGCCAUUAGAGUUAAGCGCUUCUUUUGAUCUUUUAAAAUUUUUGUCUCACAUUUAUUUCUUGUACAUUUAAUACGCGAAAUAAAGCGUUCGUGAUAUACCUGUAGUUAUACAUAGUACAUAUAUUUGGUCUUCAGUAUA